CUCUAUUGUCCAUAGGUGACGAGGGAUGGCGUGCCGCUACUGCCAAGGGUGUGACCCCAUCGGAGGUUGAAUUCCGGUGGUCACGCACUCAUGGUGAUCUAGAGGUCAUCUCCAAGGACAUCUUACCUAUGUACUUCUAUGCCCCAUCCUCAUACCUGGGCAACCAGGCCCUGAGCUACGGCCAGAUUCUAUCUUUCUCUCUCCGUCUGGACAGAGGGGUCCGUCGUCCCUCCGUGGCCGAUGUGGUGUUGCAGGGCGCUGGACUGAAAGUGGCUGCCUCUCUGGGUGACCUAAGGACUGUGGUGCCCUGUGCCAAGAAAAUCACCUACACUUUCAGACUGGAUGAGCUGCCUGGAAGUAAAUGGAAGCCUGAACUGUCAUCCCUCCAGUUCCAAACACUGUUAAGCAACUUAACCGGCAUCAUGAUCAGGGGGACAUUUGGUGAAAAUGGACGUGGUUAUUUGGACAAUGUGAGUCUUAUGUCUGCUCGCAAGGGGUCUGGCCCCCCUGCAGGCUGGGUUGAGAAGUGCAGUUGCCCCACAGGAUAUGAGGGGCAAUUCUGCGAGCGCUGUGCUCCUGGGUACAAGAGACAUUCCCAUGACAAUGACCCCCUGAGCUCCUGUGAGCCCUGUGCCUGUCAGGCAGGAAGCUGUGACCCACAAACCGGAGAAUGCUACUCUUCUGAUGGCAUAUCCCCUGGGCAGUCCUGCCCGGCCGGUUCCUAUAACAACCCAGAGAAACCCACUUCCUGCCUGCCGUGCCCCUGCCCUGGUGGUGAGACGUGCUCGGUGACGUCAGGGACCCUGGAAGUCAAGUGUGACAACUGCCCACCAGGGAGCACAGGUUCUCUUUGCCAAGUCUGUGCCGACGGUUUUUAUGGUGAUCCCCGUGGUGAGAGAGGCACCAAGAGACCAUGCCAGCGCUGCCAGUGUAACGGGCGCGGGGACAGCUCGGCGGGGACCUGUGACCGCACCACGGGGGAGUGUCUAAGGUGCCUGAACAACACCAGAGGCCCCUCCUGCGAGAGCUGCUUGCCAGGCUUCUACCACAUCAAACCUGCAGACGCAUGCAAAGCUUGCGCCUGUGAUCCCGCGGGCUCUGCCUCUCAGACCUGCAGUGAUGUGGGCCAGUGCGACUGCCGGGAGGGUUAUGAAGGACACCGGUGCCAACGAUCUUCAUGCCCAUCCUGCUUUGACCCGCUCAAGGGCAAGAUAGAUGACUACGCUGUUAAGGUGCAUGAGAUUGAGGCCCUGUUCAAUGGGGUUGAGAGCGGCAGGGUUCCAGUGAAUGAUGCUCAGAUGGAGAGAGCCAUCAAAGCUGCAGAGAAGGUGGUGGCAGACAUGCAGGAAAAAGCAGGGAAACUCUCAGAAAUGGAGAGGAGUCUUGAGGAGAGGCUAAAUGAAGUCGGCACAACCCAUCUGAGAGGGGACAGAGAAGUGCAGUCUCUGGCUGAAACCAUGGACAACAUUAAACUACAGGAGCAGCGGUACAAGAGACAAGUCUCUACCAUCCAGCAACUUGUUGAGAGUACAAAGCUAAAACUACAGCAAGCCAGACAGGAGAUUAGGCAAGCAGACUUCCCCUCUGGUGAUGCUGCUGCUGGCACUGACACCUUGUCCAGCUUAGCCCUGACGGCCACCACCCUAGCAGAGCAGCAGCAGGGGAAAGCAGAUUACAUUGAAAAGGUUGCUAACAGUGCCCUGUCUGAUGCGGAGAAAGCCCUGAACCUGAUGCGAACAGCUAUGACGGGGGAGAACGCUGUGAAGAAACUGAUAGUCGACCUGAAGGCUCAGUAUGAGAAAAAGAGCUCUGAGGUGAAGGCCCUGGAGACGGAGGCGUCUGGCCUGACCAAGGCAGCCGGAGAGGAGAGCACCAUCGCCACCGACACCCUGAAACAGAUCUCCUCUCUGGUGCUCCCCCAGCCUCCCACGGAGGACAUGGAUCAUUUGGUAGCCAGUCUGAAUGACCUGAAGAGGUGGGUGAAGGGGAACCUAACAGCAUACCAGGCCCUGGAGAAGGACGUCGAUGCUGAUCAGAGCACAGCGCAGAGCCUCUUGGAUCAGGGACGAGCCGCUCAGCAGGAAUAUGACGCGCUUCUUGGGAGAGUCGACGCAGCCAAAGCUGGGGCAACCCUGGCUCUGGAGGCCAUAAACAACCACAACAGCGCUGUGGAUGAAGCUCUCGAGACACUGCAAGGUCUUGAUGAUAGGAUUAAUGACAACAAGGAGUUGGCAGAGGAGGCCAUCUCUAAGUUGCCAGGCAUCAAUGAUACCAUUACAGACGCACUUGCCACAAGCUCUAAGGUAGUGGCUACCCUGGACCAAGUGAAUGCAUUGAACGAAGAAGCCACCGCCACCAUCAGCACACAGGGGGGAGUUGUGACCAGCCUGGAGGAAUUUCAGAAGAAAAUGCCUGAAUUGCUGAAGUUGUCCUCGGAGCUGGAGAAGGAUGUUGGUGUCCUUAGAGGGGAUGUGGAGGGUCUCCAGGACCAGGCGAAUGACACGCUGUCCAGAUUGGAAGGGGAGACAGCAUCAGCAGAGGCCCAGAAGGAUGCAGGGGAACAGGUUGCAGAAGAUGCCGCAACUGCCUUAAACAAUGCACAGAGCACCAAAGAUGCUGUUGGGGAGACGCUUAAGACGGUCACAGACCUUCUAGAUGCUUUUGGCACCACAAGCACUGUGGAUCCGAGUAAGGUGGAUAAGCUCCAGGCGGCCUUCAACGCCGCUACCGUCCGCGUGACCCAGGAGCUGCUGCCCAAGCUGAGGGAGCUGGAGGACCUGGAGGUGCACCAGAAGGCUACCCUCUCCAACAUGAGCGCAGACAUCGACGGGAUCCUGGAAGACAUCAGGAACCUGGAGGUCAUCCAAAAAACUAUCCCCGUGGGCUGCUACAAUUCACCACCCAUAGAGAGGCCCUGAAGGCUGUCAGAGGAACAUGGGGUUUGGGCCUUUGGGAAGGUUCACCUGCCAUUUUAGCAUGGAGAGUUACUAUAUUUAUAUGCACUCUAUUUGUAUUUGAGUUUAUACACUUGUAAUACAUUUUUUACAAACUUUUGUUGCUUCGGAGUGAGAGUGUGUGGAUGACUAGAGUGCAUGUGUGUGUAUGUAUGUGUGUGUGUGAGUGUGUGCACGUGUAUCUGCGCUCCCAAUUCAGUGCCAUGUCAAGGGAAGACAGACUGUGAAGUUCUAUGAAAUGUGCCUUAUCUAAAAUGUCCACAUCCACACCAAACCAAAGGAUUUUUCAUCA